UGUGGUGGGGGAAGGAGAGGGCCCGGUUUCGGGCUGUUGGCUUCCAGGAUGGAGGGCGGGUCUGUGUCCAACGUGGAGGUUUGUAACUUGGCUUACACGGGGCGGCUGGAGGAGCUGAAGGAGCGGCUGAGCGCCAACCGGAGCUUGGCGGAGCGCGCGGACCAGGAUAACAGGACAGCCCUACACUGGGCAUGUUCAGCUGGGCAUGCAGACAUUGUCGACUUUUUACUAAGUCUGGGAGUGCAUGUUAAUGACAAAGAUGAUGCUGGCUGGAGUCCUCUGCAUAUUGCUGCAUCUGCUGGCCGAGAUGAAAUUGUGAAAACUCUCAUUAGGAAAGGUGCUCAGGUGAAUGCUGUCAAUCAGAAUGGCUGCACGCCUCUGCAUUAUGCAGCAUCCAAAAAUAGGCAGGAGAUUGCACUAAUGCUGUUGGAGAACAGCGCUAAUCCAGAUGCAAAAGAUCACUUGGCAUCUACUCCACUACACAGAGCAGCAUCCAAAGGAAACCUGAAAAUGAUACAAAUUCUUUUGAAGUACAAAGCUUCUGCCAAUCUACAGGAUUCAGAGGGAAACACAGCUCUCCAUUUAGCCUGUGAUGAAGAGAGAGCAGAUGAAGCUAAACUACUAGUGUCUCACGGAGCAAGCAUAUACAUUGAGAACAAAGAAGACAAGACUCCACUGCAAGUUGCAAAAGGUGGCCUGGGUUCCAUACUAAGGAGGCUAGUUGAAGGCUAGCUGUGUCAGUCAAAUUGAAUUCCAUUCUUCGUGAAAGUACUGAAGACUUUUCACUGUCUUUAGGUUGGCUUUAACAGUCACAACUUGAAUUUUUAUUGUACUGCAUCAAUUACACUUCUCUACAUUUUCCAUGGCCAAACGAAACUUUAUAAUUUUUUGUUGCUAAGUUUAUUGUUGCUUAAAAAAAAAUUAAAGCCCUGCUUUUCCUAUAGAAAGAAUCUAUCUUUCUAUACAGGUUCUAACGAUCUUUUUAAAUACAUUUGCUUGUAAAGGAACAGUAUUCAAUAUUUCCUCAAGGCAAUUCUUGUUAACUAAGUUUAUUACUCAGUUCAAGUGUCAUCAUGGUUGUGCGAAAUAAAAUUUGGGGAAGGAGAAUGA